AUGCCCAACCACGCAUUAUUCCGCACUGUGCGAACGCUGUUUCCCGCCGAGAUCCACACCGGAGGGUCCGGCCCGGACAGUCCUGUCACCGCCUCCGACGUUUCUCACACGUGCACCACCGUCAAAGUCUCGUCAUCCUUGCUCGCCCACUUCACGCCAACUUCCGUCCUCGACAGCCGCCCGGCUCUCAUGGCAGACAGCGACUGGAGGACGCAAUUAUUGGCGUCAGAUCGAUAUGAAAACAUUCAGAGGAUAAAGUCCGUCUUGGAGACAGCUAGUCCGGAUGCCAAAGACACGUCACAGUCGGACGCAUUUUCUGUAGAAAACCAGGCUUAUAAAGACUCGUCGUCCAGGGCUCAAUAUGACGAAAUCUGCCAGCUAGUCGGCUCAGCCAAUUUGUCUCGCCCGGAAGCCCCAGCACCUGCUGAUGACCAACCUGAAGAUGCUGGCGUCAACAUUGGUUCUUACCAAAACUGUGUUUCUUUUGCAAGUGGCUUAACGUCAGAAGUCUACCGAUGCAAAGAUCGAGCGCUCAAGGUCAUUGUGGAAACACACAAUAUUGAGCCUCACAAUCCGCAACGCGAGGCCAGGAUUCUAGCGACCUUGAAACGACCAUGCAUUCCACUUUUAGAAACAUUCAGGGACCAAGAACAAAGAUUUGUCCUAGUGUUUCCUUACAAGCCCAUGACACUUGCCGAUGUCAUUGACAAAGGAACCAUUCCCCCACCCCAGAUCAGACGUCUCUUCAAAGACAUCUUUACUGCACUCGCGAAUAUCCAUGGCCAAGGCAUCAUACACCGAGACGUCAAGCCCGAGGCCAUCCUGCUCGACGGCCCGGAAGGGCCAGCAUAUCUUUCUGAUUUUGGAACAGCCUGGCACCCGACGAUGUCGAUUGUCUCAGAGCCGGCCAAAUCCAAGAUUCUGGAUAUCGGGACCGGCCCCUACCGAGCGCCUGAAGCCCUCUUUGGUGAUAAAGCCUACGGUCCUUCUGUCGACGUGUGGGCGGCUGGGGCCAUGCUGGCCGAGUGCUGUCGCAGUCCCACAAAGUCCCUGUUCGAAUCAAGACCCGCCCAUGAGGACGGCAACCAGCUGGGUUUGAUUCUGAGCAUCUUCAAAACUUUGGGCACGCCGACACGCGAGACUUGGCCCGAGGCUGCGAGCUUCAAAACGCCACCCUUUGAGAUGUACCGCAUGUUUGAUGGCCAACCGUGGACAGAGAUUCUUCCAGAGGUCAAUCCCCAUGCUCGAGAGCUGAUCUCGAGCUUGGUGCGCUUUGACUCUAAGAGGGCUACAGCGGAGCAAGCUCUACAGCACAAGUUCAUGAUAGGCACUGAGGAAAAACGCUGCGAAGAGAUCUCGGUAUCGAAGAACAAAGGCCCCAGGAUCUCGCACCAGGUAUUAGUGUCCGCGGCCCUGCGCGUCAUCGUCACCCAACCACGUCAAACUCAACUUUUCCCAUCUCGCAAGAUCAAAACGCACCGGACACGUCGGUCCUCGGGGACCAACCCGAAGGAUCACGACGACAAGAGGGCUCAACAAAGAAGAAUACCAACGCCAUCGCAGAUAUGCCAAGAAGCGAGGCAGGCGGGUGGCGUCGCCAACAAGGCGUCGCUUCCUCGGCAACGGCCUACGCGCGUCACCAAAAGGGGGACAUGGCUCCGUAUGGGAUUCCUCAGGCGUCAUUACCAGGUCGCGUCGGUCAAUCGGCACCGGAAGGUCAUCUCGGCGAAGAUUGUCGAGGAUAUUCCCGAAACCACCUACGUCGACACGGCUAUGGACGUCUGCUCUACCCCCAGCGUUGCUGAAUCCGACACUUAUAUGGGCGAUGUCGAUGACGAGUCCGAUGACGAGCCCGGCCUUUCACCAGCUUAG